ACUUACCAUCUUCCACGACAUUUCAGACGGAUAAAUUUCUGCUCUCAAUAAUCGACAUGGCUCACUAUGAGUUCAGUUUGCAGCUGGACGUUCCAAAACGCUACCCCAAGCGCACAACUAAACUGGUCCGUUACAACUGCCACGACAGUGAUGGCCUCAAUCACUGCGAUUGUAUUGCGGAUCGAGGAAAUCUAGGGCCUGAGAGCUGCUGCUUCUAUGGACGACCCAUCGAGCCCUUGGCCUUUUGUCUCCCGCCGUACUGGCAGAUAAAACAACAAACCUCGUGCCCGCUCUAUAGCGUGCUUCCUGAAGAAAUCCGACUUCUAAUCUUCCAGUUCGCGCUCACAGAUGACGAUGCACUCAAACUUGAUGAUAAUAUGUUUCGGAGGGAGAGUGGCACUGACGCCGAUGUUGCCAGGUCGGAUGUUGCGUGUGCGCUUCUUCAGACAUGUAAAGCUGUAUAUCUAGAGGCCUAUCGUCUGCCGAUGCAGCUCAACGGGUAUCAAUCAUACCGCAUCUACGGCCGCCCACGUCCAAACCUCGGACGCAUCGCACCGUGGCAAUAUGCGUUGAUUCAACGGCUCGAUUCAAGUCUGCAGCAAGUCUCACUUGAAGGGGUCGAUCUGGAGUACGCUCUAGCAGACUGGAAGCCCGCAAUAAGACACGCGGGAGCUUACGUCGCUCCACGAUUCUACAAUGACCGCCGCCGAGAUUACCGCCCAGAAAAUGUCACACAGGCACACGUUUUUGGGCUUGUAGAGUGUUCUAAAGACACCAAUCCAUGCAUGCAAGAUGGAGACAGAGUCACGCUAUCUCAAGGCUGGAACGAACCAAGUGGUACAUAUCCAGAUGAUUAUCCCCGUACAUUCACCGCACGUGCUAUGAUAGCACGCUCAAUUACACACCUCACUAUUCGCUUGUCGCGCACCGACUGGUGGACCUGGACCGAAGAUCCCAGCACCACUGAUCAGGAUAAACAGCUCGCGCUCGACCCAGCCUGCGGCGGCGCAGACAGGCCGUCAGUGGCCGACAUGCUUGCGCUGGCAGCUUCUCGACGCUCAGGGCAACAUCCCGCGUACACUUCGACAUGGGGCAGCGUGAUCGGCACGCUCCCCGGCCUCAAGACGCUCGAACUCGUACUCGAGACCUUCGCGGUCAAGAAGCACCAGCUCGACGUCGUGGUGGAGUGUGCGCAGACCUGGAAGUUUCCGCUGCAUGGCACGCGGUGCGAGUUGGCACACGAUGGGCGUGUGGAGGCGAUGAGGUGGGCGGAACGUGUUGACGGAGAGGAAACUUGUGCGCGUGACAGCGAGCCUGGGAACAAGGCGAUCGAUGUCGAGGAUGAACGCAUCGAGGGUCGAAUCACCCAAGAAGAGGCUUUGCUGAGCAGCCAAGAAGCCUCUCAUGACCACCAAGAGAGCGCAGAUGUCACAAGCCAGGACUGGGGCGCCGAUGAAUCUUUGGAGCCGUCUUGGAGUCUUGACGGAGACGACCAAAGUGACUACAGUGCUUCAUCUCCGGUCUUUAACCCCGUCGGAUACGCGGAUGAUUGGGAUGCAUUCCCAGAGGAGCCGUGGAUUCGCACGGCUCGCGAGUUCGAAGUUAGGGUUGUGCGGUUCAGGCGGAGGAGAGCAAAUUGAGUGCGUAGCUGUCGCUCGUUUUACUGUUGACGUUAAUAGAUUCUGUCACUGGCAG